AUUCCAUUUUCCAUCUUCAACUUCAUCGUCAUUCUCUCUGCAUAUUCUGCAUAUUCCUUCGUACUUUCCUGCGCUUGCGUGUGUAUGUGUGUAUGCGCUUUCAAACACACACAUCCAUACAUACAUACACAUACAUCUUUCAAGCGCUCUUGUUUAUUUUGUUCCGCAAUUAGCCGAAUCCCUAACUUAAUUGCAAUCCGAUUCAACUCUCGAUUAUCAUGGACGUUCAAGUCAACAACGUUCACGGUGGCGUCAACGGUUCACUUGGAAACGCCGAGAAGCUCAUUAUCGAUACCGACCCUGGGAUCGAUGAUAGCAUGGCGAUCUUGAUGGCAUUUCAUUGUCCAGAGGUGGAGGUGGUGGGUUUAACAACCAUUUUUGGGAAUGCUGCUACUGAAGAUGCCACACGUAACGCAUUGCUUUUGUGUGAGAUCGCUGGCCGUCAAAAUAUUCCUGUUGCAGAAGGAAGCACUGAACCAUUGAAGGGUGGAAGGCCUCGUGUAGCUGAUUUUGUUCAUGGUAAAGAUGGAUUAGGGAACAUAUUCCUACCUGAUCCUAAAGCUAACAAAAUUGACAAAAGUGCUAGUGAGUUUUUAGUGGAGAAGGUCUCUGAAUGUCCUGGUGAAAUAACCGUGCUAGCUCUCGGACCACUUACCAAUGUAGCUCUAGCAAUCAAAAGAGAUUCUUCUUUUGCAAGCAAAGUGAAGAGUAUAGUUGUACUCGGUGGUUCAUUCUUUGCCUUGGGGAAUGUCAAUCCAGCUGCUGAAGCAAAUAUAUAUGGAGACCCAGAAGCAGCCGAUACUGUGUUUACCUCUGGGGCAAAUGUUGUGGUUGUAGGAAUAAACAUCACAACCCAAGUGAAAUUGACAGAUGACGAUCUCCUUGAACUGAAGGAAUCUAAAGGAAAGCAUGCAUCUCUUUUAAGUGACAUGUGCAAAUUCUAUAGGGAUUGGCAUGUAAAAUCUGAUGGUGUCUAUGGAAUUUUUCUCCACGACCCUGUUAGCUUUGUGGCAGUUGUGCGUCCAGAUCUUUUCACAUACAAGAGAGGGGUAGUGAGGGUAGAGACACAAGGCCUCUGUGUUGGACAUACACUUCUGGACCAAGGGCUAAAAAGAUGGAAUACGAGCAACCCAUGGACAGGUUAUUCUCCUAUUUCAGUUGCCUGGACUGUGAAUGUUGAGGGAGUUCUUAAUUACAUUAAGGAGCUGUUGAUGAAACCCUGAUUUAUGGGCAUUUGUACAAUGAUAAAGCUUUAGAAAGCGAUGCCAUUAUAGCUUCUUAAUUGCAAAAAGUAAUGUAUAAGGUCAUUCUUAUUUAUUUCACUCAUUGUCUAGCCAAAACUUUGGGUAUCAAGGGCACACAAUUGUUCACCUGAUCUUCAGGUCUGUGAGUCCUUGUCCCUUUCAAUCAUAAAGUUCACGGUACCAAUUGAAUUAUCUUUACAUGAGAUAAUUUCUCUUUCGAUUUCUCUGCUAUGGGAGAAGGAAGCAAUCAUUCUUUAUUUCUC